UGUGCUCGCUAUGUUGGUUGUCACGGCCUAGCCCUUUGCUGUCUACCAUCAUCAUGGCUGGCAUGUGCGGGGAAGUGAUAACUUUUCAGCUGGGAAACUAUGCUAACUACGUGGGAGCGCACUGGUGGAAUCUGCAGGAAGCAGGGCGUUCUCACAAUUCAACAAAUGGACAGAACUCUGAAAUCAGUAGCGAUGUCCUCUUUAGGCGGGGGGUGACCUUGAGUGGACAGGAAACCUAUACCCCACGUCUCAUCCUUGUGGAUGUAAAAGGUGAUUUGAGCUCCCUGAGCCACCAAAGCAGUCUGUAUGAAGAUAAAGAGACCAGACAUUCAACCCCAGCAUGGAAAGGAAAUCUAACUACUCAUAAAGAAGAAUCCUCCACAAAAGAGCAACAUGGUAAAGAGAAGAGGGAUAGUUUUACAGAUGAAGAUACGGGUGUUAGAACUAAGAAAGAGGUUUCAGGUCCUGAUUAUAAAAGAAAGCGAUUACGACAGGAGGCAAAUGUGAAUUCCUGGUCAGACUUCCUUAGAACACAACUUCACCCUAAAUCAGUGUGCGCUGUGAGUCCAUGUCACCAAAGUGGUGGACCUGAGGGGCUGGAAUCUUUCAGCCAAGGGGAGGCCUUGUUGAGGGAAUCAUAUCUGGAUGAAAUUGAGGACGACCUGCAUUUUUUCACUGAGGAGUGUGAUUAUUUGCAGGGUUUCCAGAUUCUUUGUGAUCUGCACAGUGGCUUUUCUGGAGUUGGUGCCAAGGUAGCAGAGCUGCUGCAUGAUGAAUUUCCCAGACGUGGUAUCAUGUCCUGGGGGACUUUGCCAGUGAAUUCUGAAAGGGACCAGAACAAGGACAUGUAUCGGCUAAUGAACUGCAUUCUUGGCUUAGUGCGCAUCUCCAGUCAGAGCUCCCUCUUUUGUCCCAUGUCUCUCAAUUCCAGCCUUGGAAGGAAGCAUGGACCCCCUAUUGUUCUGCCUCAUCUCUCUUAUAACGCUGAGGCAUAUUAUCAAAGCAGCGCAUUGUUGGCGGCCACCCUGGACACCCUGACACUGCCUUAUAGGAAGCCCUCCUCUAUCCACUCUAUGUUGCAUCUUGCGGAUACACUAAACUUCUGUGAAAGAAAGGUAGUAUCUGCCUCCACUUCAUUUCCUUUUCCUUUGGGACCAUAUGACAGUCUUGCAGAUGCUCUGAUGCCUCACAUGACAUCGGCCCCAUGGAUAUCCAUGUCAGGAUGUGGAAUAGAGGAUAACAGCUUCUCAAACUCAGUGGUCCUAAGAGGUAUCAGCAAAGAGCAACAAAGCAGUUACCUCCCAGCUGGGACAAAACCUGUUUCUGCACUUCAUGUGUGUGAUACAGGAGAGGACAUUCUGCGUGGUUACCUUAACAUGCUAUACCCCAAGACCAGCAGCAUCUCCCAUGUGCUGCAGGACAUGUGCAGACUGGGCCCUACAUUUCCUCAGCUUUUCUCUCCCUACGUGACAAAAGAGGGAUUUACUCUUCACGAACCUAUGAACACACUAACAGAUGUUGUUAGUGUCCCAGUACUGGCUACUCUACAGACAGCAACAGCCCUUCACCACAGCUUGUGUGAAUUGUAUGACGAUAUUAAAAAGGUGGACAUCAGGCGCUGGCCUAGCUUUUUCACUUCUGGGCUGGAACACGAAGAAUUUAACGAGGCUAUGCAAGACCUGCGCAGUUUGGCUCAGUGUUACCGGGAAGGAGACAGAACUGAAGACGAAAGUGACUAAGAAGAUUUUUCACAGGAUACUCUGGGUUACACUUUCAUCAGGUGACUGCUAUAAAAGGAAAUUGAACUUCUGUAAAUCUGUUCUUGUGCAGAUGAAGUGCUCUCUGAAUAGGGGUCGAUUUCCGACUAAGUGUAAUUAGGAGAUGGAUGAAUUUCAAACAUGAUUACUGCAAAUUAAAGGCAGUGUUUGUCAAGAUGACACGAGAUCCAUCACUUGUUGUACAUUUAAUGUUACAAGCAAAAAUAAAAUUCUGAAACAGAAAUUAAACCAAAA